UCAGAUUAGUCUAGUUCUGCAAGGAAAACGUGGGUGGGUGGGUGUGUGUGCUAGAAAUGUCUCAUGCGUUGUUGUUAUGUCCGGUGAGAGUUGUAUAAAGGUAGUUCCUUUGUGAUGGUGACACUGUGAGAGCAUCAGGGAAAAUGGAGUCUGAAUUGUUGGCACCAACAAUUCCAGCAGCCAAAGUUUCAAGCCUCUUCAUAUACCCAAUCAAGUCAUGCCGUGGAAUUUCUGUUUCCCAUGCUCCCCUUACUCCCACUGGACUUAGAUGGGAUCGGCAAUGGGUGGUGGUGAAUUCCAAAGGGAGGGCAUGCACCCAAAGAGUUGAUCCAAAGCUUGCUUUGGUUGAGGUUCAACUGCCGCCAGAUGCACUUGCUGAGGACUAUCAACCUACGAACAAUUCCUACAUGGUGUUGAAAGCUCCUGGGAUGGAAUCUCUCAAAAUUUGUUUGAGUAAACAGCAUGAAGUAACAGAAGCUAUCACAGUCUGGGAAUGGACUGGAUCUGCCUGGGAUGAAGGAAUAGAAGCCUCACGGUGGUUUUCAGAUUAUUUAGGAAAACCCUGUCAACUGGUCCGCUUCAAUGCUGCUUCGGAAGUUAGACGAGUGGAUCCUAAUUACGUUGGGGGACAACAUCGAACCUAUUUCUCUGAUGGUUAUCCAUUCUUACUUUUAUCUCAGGAAUCAUUAGAUGCACUAAAUGAGCUUCUACAAGAACCCAUACCUAUUAAUCGUUUCAGACCCAAUAUCCUUGUUGAAGGUUGUGACCCAUAUUCUGAGGACUUGUGGACUGAGAUAAAAAUAAGUGGGUUUUCAUUUCAGGGAGUCAAGCUGUGCUCCCGUUGUAAGGUACCCACAAUCAAUCAGGAGACUGGGAUAUCUGGAUCUGAGCCAACUGAGACUCUUAUGAAAACUAGGUCUGGCAAAGUCCUUAGACCAGAUGCAAAAAAUAAAAACAAGGUAUACUUUGGUCAGAAUAUAGUAUGGAACUGGAUGGAUUCUUCUGCUAAAGGGAGUGGAAAAAUCAUUCGAGUUGGAGAUCCUGUUUAUGUUCUUAGAAAGGUCUCUUCUGCAGCCGAAGCAGCUGCCUGAACUGUGUACGUAGAAUCUGCAGGAUUCUAAUACCAGCAAUUAAAGUGCUGCAAUUACAAACUUUAUAAAACAUUAGCCUAUUAAAUUUCCACCAUUCUUAUAAAAUAUAAUAUACACUUUAGUUUUGUAUGUCUAAUUCAAUAAAUAUCUUUGUAUC